CGUAGCUCGGGUCGGACCCGUAGCCUAACGUCAGCUGCGCUGGCGCCGCGGCGGGGGUUCGCCCUAACGCGGCUGACGCAACGCCGGAGAGCCGGGACGUAGACGGAAGAAAAGGCGGAGGAUCGGGCAGCCGGCGCGGAGAGUGGGCCGGGACUGGGGUCGGCCGCUAGCAGGUGUUUGGAUCUGUGACCACAUCUCAGCAUGCUGAGGUACAUGCACCACUCUGGGUUUCAGCCCGUCAGCCGACGUCUUCUGCCUUGGGUCCAGUCCGCAGCUGUGCCCAGAUCUCAUCAAGUCCAGCCUUCAGCUGUCAGACAUGUGCGUUCUUGGAGCAACAUCCCUUUUAUCACAGUACCCCUCAGUCGUGCCCAUGGCAAGCCCUUUGCCCACCGAAGUGAGCUGAAGCAUGCCAAGAGAAUUGUCGUUAAACUCGGCAGUGCCGUGGUGACCAGAGGAGAUGAGUGUGGCCUGGCACUCGGGCGCCUGGCAUCAAUUGUUGAACAGGUCUCGGUGCUGCAGAAUCAGGGCCGAGAGAUGAUGCUGGUCACCAGUGGAGCUGUUGCCUUUGGGAAGCAGCGACUGCGCCAUGAGAUCCUUCUGUCGCAGAGUGUGCGGCAGGCCCUGCACUCAGGGCAGAACCAGCUGAAGGAGAUGGCAAUUCCAGUCUUAGAGGCCCGGGCCUGUGCGGCUGCUGGACAGAGUGGGCUGAUGGCCUUGUACGAGGCCAUGUUUACACAGUACAGCAUCUGUGCUGCCCAGAUUUUGGUGACCAACUUGGAUUUCCACGAUGAGCAGAAGCGCCGAAAUCUCAACGGCACGCUGCACGAGCUGCUCCGGAUGAACAUCGUCCCCAUUGUCAACACGAACGACGCUGUCGUCCCCCCGGCCGAGCCCAACAGUGAUCUUCAGGGGGUAAAUGUUAUUAGUGUUAAGGAUAAUGAUAGCCUGGCUGCCCGACUGGCCGUGGAAAUGAAAACUGACCUCUUGAUUGUCCUUUCAGAUGUAGAAGGCCUCUUUGACAGUCCCCCAGGCUCAGAUGACGCGAAGCUCAUUGAUAUAUUCUAUCCUGGAGAUCAGCAGUCAGUGACGUUCGGAACCAAAUCUAGAGUGGGAUUAGGGGGCAUGGAAGCCAAGGUGAAAGCAGCCCUCUGGGCUUUGCAAGGCGGCACAUCUGUGGUCAUUGCCAACGGAACCCACCCAAAGGUGUCCGGGCACGUCAUCACAGACAUAGUGGAGGGGAAAAAAGUCGGCACCUUCUUUUCAGAAGUAAAGCCUGCUGGCCCUACAGUGGAGCAGCAGGGAGAGAUGGCUCGAUCCGGAGGGAGGAUGCUGGCCACCUUAGAGCCUGAACAGAGAGCAGAAAUUAUCCAUCAUCUGGCUGACCUACUGACGGACCAGCGGGAAGAGAUCCUGCUAGCCAACAAAAAAGACUUGGAGGAGGCAGAGGGGAGACUUGCAGGCCCUCUACUGAAGCGCCUGAGCCUCUCCACAUCCAAACUGAACAGCCUGGCCAUCGGGCUGCGGCAAAUUGCAGCCUCCUCCCAGGACAGUGUGGGCCGUGUUCUGCGCCGGACUCGGAUUGCCAAAAACCUAGAACUAGAGCAAGUGACUGUCCCAAUAGGUGUUUUACUGGUGAUCUUUGAGUCUCGUCCUGACUGUCUACCCCAGGUGGCAGCUUUGGCUAUUGCAAGUGGCAACGGCUUGUUGCUCAAAGGAGGGAAGGAGGCGGCACACAGCAACCGCAUUCUUCACCUCCUGACCCAGGAGGCCCUGUCCAUCCAUGGAGUCAAGGAUGCCAUACAGCUGGUGAAUACCAGAGAAGAAGUGGAGGAUCUCUGCCGCCUUGACAAAAUAAUAGAUCUCAUCAUUCCUCGUGGCUCCUCCCAGCUGGUCAGAGACAUCCAGAAAGCUGCUAAGGGGAUCCCAGUGAUGGGCCACAGCGAAGGGAUCUGCCACAUGUAUGUGGAUUCCGAGGCCAGUGUGGACAAGGUCACCAGACUCGUCAGAGACUCUAAGUGUGACUAUCCAGCUGCCUGUAAUGCUCUGGAGACUCUGCUCAUCCACCGGGACCUGCUCAGAACACCCUUAUUUGACCAGAUCAUUGAUAUGCUGAGAGUGGAACAGGUAAAAAUUCACGCAGGCCCCAAGUUUGCCUCCUACCUGACCUUCAGUCCCUCAGAAGUGAAGUCACUCCGCAUAGAAUAUGGUGACCUGGAAGUGUGCAUUGAAGUGGUGGACAGUGUCCAGGAAGCCAUUGAUCACAUCCACAAAUACGGCAGCUCCCACACAGAUGUCAUCGUCACAGAAAAUGAGAAAACAGCGGAGUUCUUCCUCCAGCACGUGGACAGCGCCUGUGUGUUCUGGAAUGCGAGUACUCGCUUCUCUGAUGGCUACCGCUUUGGACUGGGAGCCGAAGUAGGAAUCAGUACAUCACGAAUCCACGCCCGGGGGCCAGUAGGACUAGAAGGAUUGCUGACUACUAAGUGGCUGCUUCGAGGGCAAGACCAUGUGGUCUCAGACUUCUCGAGCAUGGCAGCUUGAAGUAUCUUCACGAGAACCUCCCUGUUCCCCAGAGAAAUUUCAGCUGAGAGGAGCCAGGCGGUCAGGACUGUUCUGUGCGGUCUGGCACAGUUGGGCUACUCCAGGAUCUCCAGAGAGAACUCGAUCUCGUCCCCACCUCUUAGAAGGGUCUGCCUGCUGGACAGUUCACCUGUGCCUCUGGCUCAACUCAGCAUCUCCAGUCUUAGCUAACGUUCAUAUUCCAUUCCAGCUUCUUGUGCAUCUCUGUCUCUGUUACUGGGGUUGGACCCAGGGCCUUGAACAUGCCAGGCAAAGGCUCUAUCUCCAGCCAGCCUGUCUCCCAAGCCGCACAGGCCAGUCUUUUUAGAAAGAGCAUCAUUGAUGCAGGUGGAGGCUUGGGUUUUGCCAGUCCAUUCCCCUCAGAAACGAAGGACCGCCAUCUCUUACCAUCCCACAUCAAUGACAAGGGACCGUCCUGGCUGCUUAUAUCACCUCAGUGAGGUAAAGUCUUGGCAUUCGACCAGGACCAGCCCCGGCAUCCUCCGACUCUCCAUGUGUAAUUUCAUUUAUUUCAAACGUGCUCAUCUUCAGAAGGGGAGAUUGGGAGUUUUUAAGGAAGAGCAGCUCCUUAAAACCUUUACCAUUUUCACUGGAAAUGGUGCCUAAAGUGGACUAACCUACAUCCCUGGGAGGUUGGCCUUCAUGAAGUUACGGGUGUACAUCCCAGACAGCUGCAGUCUGUCCCUGGCCAGGGGACACACGGUACCUUUGAUGUAGUUGGAAUCUGAGUAUCACACUGGAGGUAUGAAUUUCAAGAUGUUCCUACAAGUAGGAGGAAGAUCUACAAUUAUGCCUGACCUUUUUAUAAUGAAUUAUUUUGUCGUCCUAUCCUUGACCUCCAGAACAAAGAUUAGAGGAUUAUUUUAAUACUUUGGAUUCUUCCCCCUUUUUUGAGAAAUAAAAUUCUUACAAAAGCCCGUGUACACGGUGAAA